UUCCCCGGCUCCUCUGACACACAUGUUGUGUCUCUUCCAGUCUACAGAGAGACCCACAGCCACUGCAAACCCUUUCCUCCAGCCCCAGGGCCACACUUCCAGCAGCGGGGGCCCCUCCACCAUGUCCAACAAAGGGGACUUCACCUCUCCAGAUCCACCUGCGGAAGAUUCCAGCGGUGGAACAGAUGUUGCGAUGAUAGCGGGUAUCGCUGUUGCCGUCGUGGUUUUGGUCCUCGUGGUCCUCAUCAUCGUGGUGCUUCGUUACAAGUACCGGCACAAGGGGACGUAUUUCACCAACGAAGCAAAAGGCACGGAAUUUGCCGAGAGCGCCGACGCCGCCCUGAAAAACGACCCGUCGCUGCAAGAGUCCAUAGAUGAGUCAAAGAAAGAAUAUUUCAUCUGAGAGGAAGGAGAAUCAUCCCUCCACCCCCCUCGCCGUCCUCACCGUGUUUACAUUGGGAAACACUACCGCGUUCUACGGCAGAAAAACUCCAUCAAAAGUCCCGUUCCUCAGAGCGGGGCUCAUUGUGUCUCAGGGGAUCACCACUAACAUGCUGGAUUAUAUACUAAAA